GAUAUUAUUUUUUGUUUGUUAAUAGAGGCAUCGUGUAUUUUUAAAUAACCUAUACGCAAGAUCAGUGCUAUAGAAGUAUGUGCAAUUAUGAGAUUUUUUAAAUGAAUCCCAAGUAUCUGCAAAAUUGAAAAUUGCUCGUAACCUCAAUAAUUCACAGUGAACAAAUGGAUAUGUACUCGUAUGUGACACUUUCACACAUCAGAUUCAUUAACAAAUGUUUAUACAAGGAGUUAAUGAUCUUAUAAUAUAUGCAUAUUAUUUUAUUUGGAUUUGUUUUGGUCUGGAAAGACAAAAGAGGUGAAAUUGAUGGAAUGACAAUUCUGAUUGUUCAACACUAUGCAGGCCCACAAGAUGCAGAGAUUGUACCAGCUUUGCCUUGAGAACAUUGUACACAAUUCAAAUUUCUGGCUACAAGUUAAGCACACUCAAGAGAAGAUAGGCAUAUUAAGCAGUCCAUUUGAUAGUCUACCUGCAAGCUUAGAGCAAGAUCUUCUCGACAUGUAUGAGCAAAUUAAUGGUUUAUCAGGCCAAAAUAACUUCUGGUUGGAGCAACAAGAGAAGUGGAGGCUGUUCGUCACUCGGAGAAUAAAGCGCCUCUGUAUCACGAAGUACACGGAGAAGACUAGUUUAGUGCAUAUUGCCACUACCUGCAGGAACCUGAAUCAUCUGGAGGUGAGAGAUGUACAGGAAGCUUUGCCAUACUUGAAGGCUGUGGCACCCUGCUUGACCACAGUUGUGUCUCUUAAUAUAGACACCAUGGCACAUGUCACUAGUGGAUCACUCAAAUAUAUUCGCAGCCACUGCCCAAACCUGAGGACAUUGGGGUUGAAGUCUUGUUUCUUGAAUGACAAAGCUGUGAGUCAUUUGAAGCACAUAUCAACACUAGCAGAACUGGAUCUCCGUGAUACAGAGGUCACUGCUGUGGGGGUCAGCCAUGUACUCAAGUCAAACCCUCAGCUCCGCAGCUUGCAUCAUCCUGAAGUGGUACAUGCUGUCUACAAACUCCACUCCACUCGAACGUGGCGGGUUCGGGUUGAGGCUAGUCUCUGGAGUUCUUCUAUGGCGGUCUGUUAUCACUUACGGGAGAUUGACCUUGAACUGUCUCGCAAGGACAACCCCAGCAUGCUUGCUGUAGUCGUAUCUGUUUGUCCCGAAAUUGAGAGAGUUCGCAUUGAGUUUGAUGCUCGGGCUUCACCGUAUGCGCUUGUCCCUCUAGCUGCUCUUAAAUGCUUGACAGAAUUGGAUAUCCAGUGUGUGGCAGACACCAACAGGAAACCAUGGGUUGAUCAUGCUACACAUUCUUCUGUACUGGACUCUAUAACACUGUUCGAAGGAAGUGUACUUCCUAUUUUACAGUCGUGUGGAAGUCAUCUGCACGCUCUGUCACUUGAAGGCAUAUCAGGAGUUGAUAUGAAAUCUGUGGAGAUCCACUGUCCCAAUCUUGUAAGCCUUGGUCUCUACUAUAACACAUAUGCCAGAAAUUCAUUCAGGAUUCCCGACAAUAUAGCUUCUGUGAAACCAUUUCCUUCAUUGCGACGAUUGCUAUUUGGGUCUAACUCGGGCAACAGUGAUUUCUCAGCAUCCUACCUUGAGUGGUUGCUUUCAAAUGAAAAUUUGGAAGAGCUGUCCUUGUCAGGCUCGCCCCUCUUUACAGAUGAGCUGUUUGCCUGUGCAUUUGCCAAUUCAGCUGCAUUCCCUCAGUUACGACGUCUUGAGCUGGAUUAUUGCAAUGUGACGGCAGAAGUUAUCACAGGGUUUUUAUAUCACUGUGGCCGAAAGUCACUGCGUGAACUGAGUAUCUGUGGACCGUUUGUCCGUGAACAGGCAUCACCCGCGCUUUGUUACAUCAUCUGUGAGAAGUUGGACGUUCAGUUGGAGGCCUACUUCUACUCAUUCAUUAAAAUGAAGAAGCGUAUGUUGCGCUACAAGCAAGAUCUGAACUUCAUCAGCUCAAAGUCUGAUAUUCAUCUCCAAGAUAUCUGCAAGAAAACUGCCAUCUUGCAGACCAACACCACUAGUGGAUAUUUCUCCCAGAGAUCAACAUAUUCCUCAGAGGCUGCAACAUUCUAGUCACAAUCAGAAUCUCAACUGUCAACUCCCCACUCCAUUGUUCUGUGAUGUAUUUAACAUGUACAUAUCAUUUUACCCAACCAAAGAGCAAGGAAGCUAUUGAAACAUUUCCAGGAAAGAUUAAAGUAUUUUGAGUAUCUCUUCAGCUGUGGUUUUUGUUUGAUGCAUAAUGCUGUGGUAAGUUUCUAGGCUGCAAGAUGGUGAGGUCAUCUGAAGUAACACUGCAGCACAAACCUACUGAAAGAUUUAAAUUGAACACUGUUUCUUCUUGGAAUAAUACUGUUAAGUAUUUUGGCAUAUUAUUUGUAAGUGAAUAAUUAUAAUUAUUUUGAUAAUUACAGUGUCAUUUCUGCCUCAGAACAAACAGGAAUUCUGGUGAUCUGAACAUUUAUUUUGAAGUAAGGAAUUUGGAGGAUUAGAUAUUUCUAAGUUUGCAUCCUUGGCUGAUCUGUCUCAAAAUGCUUCACUCUUCUCUACACAUAUCAAAUUAAUGUGGUCAUCAUUUUAAAUAUAAUGAUUGUGUAAUAAGUAUACUUUAUGUAUGUUAGAAUGAAAGAUUUAUCGUUCUUUAAAAAAGAAACAAAAUGAUGUGUGAUUGAGUUUCAUUUAAUAAUUCACCAAAUAUAUUGUCUGAAAGACUGGUUCACAGUUUAUGUCAGAAAAGUACAGGAUAAUAUUCUAAAUGUAAAUUAACUUGAGAAAGCUUAAAACAAGGAGUGAUAUGUACUGAGUGCUUCAAUGUAGCUUUAGUUUUCUGACAAUGUCUCUGAAGAAAGUUUAUUUUGCUUAUGAAUAUGUUCCCUUUUAGCCUGUUAUGUUAUGCAUGCAUACAUAUGAUGAGGCAACUAAUAAAAUGUGCAUCAAUUGCUAAAGCUUAACUUCAUCCUAUGAUACACACACUAUUUAAUUAUUAACAGAAAUAUUAGUGUGAAUCUUGGAAGUCAACACAAAUUACAUAUUUAUCAAUACAGAUGCUUAUAAACAUGGAAUGAGAGCAGCAGCUGAUUAAUUAUGAGAGAAUAACUUAACUACAGGAUGGGUAAAUACUCAGUACAUAAAAGUACUAAGCAAAUGAUAGCAUUGUGUGCUGAAGAGCCCACAACAUGUCGUUUCAUUCAGUGGCACAGUGCUAAAUUAUUUAUACUAAACACAAGUAUGCCGGUUACGGUAGCCGAGCGGUCUAAGGCACGUACUGUCUUCGCUCGCUUGGAAACCG